AUGAAUUUAGAGUAUCUUCAAAGCUCUCAUACUUUUCAUGUAGAGAGAAUUAUUGAUUUCCUGUCAAACAGCUUACCAUUAUGUGCACUUCAUCAAACUCGAUCUAUAAUCUUUUUCUGCUACGUAUUUGCAGGUUUAAUAGAGUUUUUACUUUAUCCACCAUAUGCAAAUGGAAAUACUCCAUUCGAUUCAGUUGCCAUUUACACACCAAUUAUUAUUGUUAUCGUACUUCAUCUUUUAUUAUCAAUUUUAUACUCAUUCGGCGCAUUAUUCGAAAGAGCCACAUGGAAAACAGGCUUUGCACUAUUAUACCUUCUUCACACAUCCAUUCCUUUAGUUGUUUUCAUUGGUGGAAUUGUAAUUUUCAAUCUUCAAGAAAAAAAUGUUGAAUUUUGCUUUCUCACAACUUUUGCAGUUGCAUUUUUCAUAGAUUUUCUCUGCGGUGUAAUAUCAAGACCAUCACAACAUGUUUCUCUUACAUUUGAAAGUAUUGGCAUUGUUCCAUCGCUUAUUCUAUUUGCUCUCUAUUCAAAAGGUAAGAUCCAGAAGUACUACAUACCAUUUAUCCCGUUAUUUGCAUAUUAUGCUCUUUAUCUCUUAUUAUUACUCUUCCUUACUCCAAUUUUCAAAGGAUGCCAUGGAUGUGCACUUACUUUCUUCUCAGAUCCCGAAAUAGCUGCAGAAUUUGCAGCUUCUGUUGAUCCACAGCUAAAACCUUUCAAGAAUAGAGCUGAUUGGGCAGAUGAACCAGAUGCCAUCGGAUCUGACCAUGGCAGCAGAAGAGAACCAAGAAGCAGAUGGUCAAGAGCUCAAGAUACCGAGAAUGUUACGAGAUUCCCUGCAAGAGCUCAUUUCCAGCUUUACAACGUCGAUGCAACACCAGAUACACCUCUAUACUUGGCUUCUCCACUUCCGAUGUUCGCAACAUUACUCCUAACUGUCUUAGUUUUCAUAGAAAUCAGAUCUCCUUUAUCCAACUUCUAUUUCUGGCUUGGCGGAGCUUUAAUUAUUCUCCUUAUCUCUAUUGUGGUCAAUUCUAGAGCAACAUCAUGCUCUUGCCUUGCUUUUACAAACCUUGACACAAAAUGUGUCGAUAUCUUAUGGGAUCACCCAAGCCUUUCAAUAUUAUAA